CUCGGCGCGGGUCUACUAUCAACGACCACCUCCUGUACUUACUGGUUUCUCAUUUACACCACAACAUAGCAUCCUACUCAAAGCGCUGCGGGAACGUGUCAACUAUGACUGGCGGAGAGUUUUACACAGUGCUCAUGCAUCAGUCGAACAAGUCCCUCGCAGGACGCCUUGCCUUCGGUCGCAUGAAGGCAAAGCAGAAGGCGAGGGUCAUUCGCACGUACAAACAGGAAGAGGUUCUUUUUACCGGUCACGUCGGGGUUGGAAAAUCUGCCCUAUUGAAGGCUGUGGUGCAUCAUAGCAGCUUACCAACAUGCUCCGCGCAUGUUAACGGCGAAGUACUGAUGCUCUACGGCGUGGGGAGAGGAAGACCUCUCGGAAGCUAUCCCGCAAGGUUCAUCGUAGUCGACUCCACUGGCUAUGACGAGCAUCAAGGGUCUGUUGUGAAGUUCUUCAUGGCUAUGCGUCCCCAGCUGCGACGGGUGUUUCUGAUUAUUGACGCGAGCAAGGGUCUAGGCGCCCCCGACGAAUCCAUGUUGCAAUACAUCGCGAGCUUUGAGAAGCCAAAAUUCAGCGUCCAGCCGGUCCUGACCAAAGCGGAUCUCGUCAAGCCAGGGGACCGAGACGAGGUGGCUCAGCAGAUCCAGGAAGCCAUUCAGAAAGCCUUACCUUCAGCCUCUCCUCCCAUCAUAACAUGCUCAAGACUUGGAAGCAACCUGGGAAUUCAAGAGAUGCGUACUAGCAUCGCGGAGGCCUGCGGUAUGUCUAUGGAGCAAGCAUUUCGCUCCAGGACCGCCCCGAGCACGACCUUAUUUCGCUACACGAAACGUCGCAAACCCUUCGCUACGAACCCCACACGCCGUGUUGCAUUUGGACUGAACAGCUUUGGACUUCGCAAUUGACAGAACAUUGGAUUCGUGUGGACCAUGACAUUCCUCGAAUCAGCUAUACCGUACGGUCUCCACCCGGCCUGCGGCCAUUCGUUUCCAUGCAGUCUAGGAAGUUGUCUCGCGCUACACGGAGUCUCGAAGCAAGGCUUCUAUGCGUGGCCCUAUUCAUCCAUCCCGCACAGAGAAACGUGCGAAAUGGCUUGGCCUGUUGAGGCGAUUUCGGACGAGUGUCGACACCCUCUGACUGUCGCCAA